AAUGAAUAUUAAUGAAUUUCCUAGUUAUUUAAAUUUUAAUUUAUUAUUUCCCCUUAUUUAUCAAUUCAUUAUUUUUCUAAAUCCAAUCCUCAACCUUAAUUAUUCAGUUACAAGUGCAGUUGAUGAUUUGUUUAGUGCGAGAUGCCAGUCCAGAUGUCUCAGUGACCUUGAGACAAGACAUAAGAAUAAUGCAGAAACUAGAAGGCUUCUAAGGCAUCAAAUUAGUAACCUAUGCAAAGAGGAUCUGCAAUGCUCAUCUUGUCUUAUCCCGUGUCGGGAGCUGAUUCUGAAUUACGAUUUGUGUGAUCAAACAUUCUGCGGGGAAGCUCCAGAACCAAACCAUUGCCGCCAGUCAUGUACAUUUAUUCAGAAUGCUGUUAACAGAUCGGGACACUGCCCAAAGCUACAAACAAGGCAGUGGAUAGCUGAUACAGAAUGCUCUGCCUUUUGUGAUUCUGAUACUGAUUGCGCAGAGAUUGAAAAGUGUUGCUCAUUUGGCUGUAGUCGAACAUGUUUAGUACCCAAACUGAACGACAGUCGGUUGCUACCUAUGCCAGAGGGGAUUACAGUUCAGGAAAGGAAACGGAAAAGAUCAGCCAUUCUUCGUUGGGUAAUGAAGCGAAUGACUCCCCAACAUACUUCAACAUAUGCUAAUUUGUUUGUUAUUCAAUGGAGGUGGUCAUUGAACAAAGAUCCCGAAACAAUGACACCUUGGCAGACCGUAAUGGUCAGGAAUAAAAUGUAUGCAAUUCUCAAGCAUUUGCUUACUCCAGGACGUUAUUAUCUUUUUCGUGUUGCUGCUGUUAAUGUUUACGGAACUUAUGGUUUUUCCCAGCCAAGUCACCCGCCAUUUAAACUUACAAAAGAAGUUAAAAGCCCAUCGCCUCCAAAUAAUUUCACUGUAUUACCCUUGGGGGAUGAUAUCCAAUCCAACACCGGUGAGGUAGCCAAGAUAGGAUGGUCUCCACCUAUAUCAGAUAUACCAAUAAAAGAUUAUCGUCUCAGUUGGUGGAAAACUUCAUUAGAAUUAGCCAAGGUUUUUGAACUACGUCAACGUCGCAGUUCUAAAGGACAUGAUGAGGAUGAUUAUGAUGGGACCGAACUAUCUGAAAUUGAUCAAGAACCCUUGAGAAGGAGCUUGGUUUUGCCUAGUUCUACCACCAAAACUCAAAUUACUGGCUUAGAACAAAAUCAAGUUUAUAUUGUUGAGCUUCUAGCUACUGUGGACACAGCAGAAGGUGAACUACGAGGUGAACCAGCGGUCCUUUUCCUCAAAACCGGCGCUACGUUUCAUAAAAAACAAAGCAAAAAUAAUUCUAACGUUGAAAAUCUUUUGCCAUUUUCCAACGAAAAGAAUGAUUUUGUGGAACCAUCCAAAAACCCUCAAAAUUCUCAAUAUGUUGCCCAAGUAAAAACACCAUUCUUUGAGGGUAAUCAUUUAAAGACAAUUAUUUCAUGGAAUGACCAUCCAAGUUGUACAGAUAAUAAAUUGUUGGGAAAUCAGCACCAAUUCCGAGUAUUUGUUAGGUCAAUGAGUUGUUUGAAUCAAUUACCCCCACAAGAAUUUUAUGUUCAUAAUUGUGUAGCUACGCUUGAAAAUCUCCAAUUCCAGUGUGAAUAUUAUGUAAGAAUCGAAAGUUACGUAGUUAAUGAAGACCAACAAAGGCUAAAAAACAACAAUGAAAAUUUGAUUGCCCGUCUAACUUUCUCAACACUGCCUUGUGAACAAACGCUUUCAGAUAUACCUUUACCAUGCAAAUCAAGUGAAGAUUUUGGUAAAAGAAUUAAUUGGCCUUAUUCAAACAGUGAUAAAUUACCUGCCCUUGCAUUACCUUUGAAUGCCGAAUCAACGACUCGAUCUACGAAAUUAUCUUCAAAUGUCGGAAGGGAAUGGCUUCCAAUUGAAGAAUUAAUUGAAAAUUCUGAAGGAGAUAAAAAUAAUAAAGAAAUUCCCACUAUUGAGAACUCUAAGAGGUUAAGAGAAGACAAUAAUAAAAGGAAAAAAUCAGCAGAAAAUUCUAAUCAACAAGAUAUUCAAAGAUUGAAUUGCCUAGCAACUUCAAUAAGUACUGCAGAUUGUUCGUGGACUUGGCAAAGACAAUUUGAACCAAAAAAUAACCAGUUAAUAGGAUUUCGAACUGUUCUGUCUUCUACUCUUUUUCAUACUCCCUCAAAAGUAGCAAUUGUCGGCCCUGAGCAAAGGAUAGAACACUUAACUGAUCUCAACCCUAAAGCUGUUUACAGAUUUAGGUUACAGGCUAUUACUUCACUCGGCUUGGGGGCAGAAUUGGUCGAGCACUUCAGCACAGGCCAUCUAGCAAUUAGCUCAUUCCAAUCUUCAAACCCUGAAUUCGACUCAGAAAUGUCAUUCCAUAUUGGAGCAAGUAAAAUUAAUGGAUUAACUGACGAACAAUAUCCCUCAAUUAUGGAUUUGCCUUGGAACAGCGAUUCAUCAACCUUAAGGAUUUCUAUUGCACAUAAUUUGAGAAGAGCUUUCAUUAUUUUAAUUUUAACUAUUUUGUUUAUUUAA